GUGUGCACAUCGAGAGCGUCAACUCCCACGGCCAGACGCCCCUCUUCUGCGCCUCCUUCGGCGGCGACAACGAGGUGGUGGCGCUGCUCCUGAAGCUCGGCGCCAACCCCAACCGCCGCUGCGGCACCAACGGCUCCACGCCCGUCCACGGCGCCGCCUACAGGGGCUCCAGGAGGGUCCUCAGGCUGCUCGUGGAGGCCGGGGGGGACCUCUCCCUCGAGGACAACUUGGAGCAGACGCCCAGGGACUAUGCCCUGAAACAGCCGUCCCCCAUAAGACGUCAGAAGAUCCUGCACUUCCUAGACCUCCUGUUGGCCAUGACGCUCCACCGAUCCCUGGCGCGGACGGCCACCACGCAGGGCACGCUCCCCCAUGGCACUCUCCCCCAUGGCACUCUGCCCCUCAAGCCCACGAAGUCAACGCUGUCGCUCGCUAACAGGCGCGAGGGAAGUCUGGCGAGUGUGUGGGGUGCCUGUGUGGCCGAGGUGGGCGAGCAGUCUCCACGCACCCCGCCGUAUGUGGGCGCCUCACCCACCAACCUGCAUAAGACCGUGUCCUGCCACCUCCUCGACCAGAUGUACGUGUCGACCUCCCUGCCCCUCCUCUCGCCCGCUGACCUCAAGCGCCCUGAGGUCACCGGGGUUGCCUACACCUGCGGCGGCCCCACGGUGUACUCCCCCUACACGUGGCUCGGAACCAACGUCACUGUUCGCCGCCCCACGCCCGCCCUGGCCCUCCCGAAGGAAAAUGUGCAGAAAGGACAAGAACACCCCGACCAAGGCGCCUGCAAGUCCCUGGUGCAGGAGCUGUCGAUCCUCCGCCGCCUCCGUCACCCGGCCUUCCUGGAGGUGAUGGCGGUGUGUCACGUGACCUCGCCGCAGCCGGAGCACAUCACCCUCGUCUUCCAGAAUGUUCCUCACGGGUCGCUGUAUCAUCAUUUGCAUGUGCAGCAUCGAGACCUGAACGUGGGCGGCGCCGUGGACAUCCUCGUGGGUCUGGUGGAGGCGAUGCUGUUCCUCCACGCCCACGGCUGGCUCCACACGGCCGUCUCGUCCCACGCCCUCCACCUCGUCUCCACCAGCCACGCCAAGCUCGGGGCUUUUGAGUUCGCCCUCGAGAUGCAGGGGAAGGGCUGCAGCAUGAAGGCGCCGCAGCUCCUCCGUGCGACGUGGCUUCACCCGUGGCAGGCUCCCGAGACACUGAGCGAGCAGAUGGUGUCAGACCGCUCCGAGAUCUACGCCUUUUCAGCCAUCAUGUGGGAAAUUUGGUCCGGCAUGCCCCCGUGGUCGGGCGUGGAGGAGGCAGAGGUGGUGAGACGGGUGGGCGGGGGAGAGACCCUGCCCCCCGUGAGCGGUUCCCCCCCUUCCCUCGUCACUUACCUUACCCAGUAUGGACUCAAGUGGAACUCACACGAGAGGGAGCUCGACCUCCAGGAAAUCCACACCAUGCUGAGGUCCCUGAGGAUUCAGUCGAACGAAGAGGACAGAGUGCCACUUAUCCCAGCCUGGGGUCCUCCCUCUAUCCCUAACACGCCUGUCAUUGGCAGGCAUUCGUCUCAAAACUCCGCGCAAAAUUCUCCCAGCUCAGACUCGGGCCAGAGCGUCCAGAGCGGCACAGACGAGCCCAGCCAUAACAAGAGUAGCUCAGGAUCUGCUGUGAGUCAGGAAGGAACGUCUCCCGACCACUUGGCCAGGGACACGGGGAAGUAUCCAUUGAGAAAGGAGUCCAGCUCUGCCACGCGCAUGUUAGUCACAGGUGAAGUGCACCACGAGAAGCCCUCUUACCUGCGGCGCUCGUGUCAAGAACAGACAGUAUUAAGGAAAACGUCCGAGGGGCUUCAGAAGUCUGUGAAUGUGCCCAGGGAAGAUAAGGUUGAUGGGGCUGGGUCGAAAGCCAUGCAGAGUUUGACGGACAAGGCGAGAGGGAAGACCAUGAGCAUAGACAGCGGAUUCUCAACGCCUUGUACAAGAACGCCCAGUCCUGUUAUUGACACCAUGACAAGUGCCAAAAUAAACCCAUCAUUCUUGACAUCCACCCCGUCCAGGCCCCCAACAACUUCAGUCUUACGUGCAGAUCUCCAGCCAGACCUUCUGCCGAAUAAAGUAAACAUCAAGGCUUUGACAAACGGCCAGACUCCAGACAUCCUUUCACGGGGCCAUCUGGACUGCAGCAAAGGAGGCUGCAGAAACAGGGAUGAGUACGGAGGAGAGAGACACUCCAGCGCCGCGUCCUUUCACCCCGCCAUGUCUCCCAUCACUCCCGUGACGGACUCCGACCCCGACCACUCCCGGACGAGUUCGCCGUCGGACGAGGACCAGGCCUCGGGUUACAGCUACAUUUCGAACGCGGCCAAGAGAGCCUUCCUGAUGGAGAACGACGGCGGGGAGGACGGGGCCUUCCUGGCUCCUGAGCGCCCUGCCAGUGCUUCCAAACUAGAGCACAACCAGCUGCAGACUCAGGCCUCCCACGCGCUCCGAAGGAAGGAGGUCGUCCGGCGCGGGCUGAGCAUGACCAACAUCAACUCCGCGCCCUUCUCCACCAACACCAGCGUCACAAGAACUACGUCGCAUAUUUCUCUUUCCAGUGCGUCAUCCAGUGGCAGUAGUGAUAUCUGCGGACGUCGGCCAGUCAGAACUGUUAGUCAGAUCACUCUUACGCUUAGAAAGUUGUCACAGGUCUCAGACUCCUCCUCCAGUAAGGACGACAUGAAUGAUCCUCACCUUGAGCAGCAGACGCGAGCUCGGAGAUCCCGCUCUGUUCCCAAGAGUCCAGCCCAUUCUGCAAGGAGCAGCAAAAGAGAGGGAAGUCGGGGGUGGGACGAGAUCACCGGUAUCAAGCCGGCUAGCCACCAGUUAACACGUCAUUCGUCGUCAUGUUCGCUGGCAAGUGGUCCCUCAAGUCCCACACACCAGAUCAACAGUUCCUCGCACUCCCUGCAGCCUCCCUCGUCGAGUGCAGGCAACAGACCUUCCUCGAAUCACAGCUCGCUCCCUCGAUCUUCAACAAAUCCCAGUGCUAAGCAACCAGCCAUUGGGCGGAGAUGGAGCAGCAUCAGUGGGACUUCAGCAGGGCUAGCAGAAACAGCGGUCAAGAUUCAACCACGACGCCAUUCCGAGGGCCAGAGAUCGCGCCCUCGCAAGAGCAGGCGGCGUCCAGAAGUUGAGGUUGAGGAGGAGUUCUUUGAUGACGAGUUCAACGCACUGUUAUUCCAGCAGCCACACAUGCAGCUUUCAGUAGGAUCGUCAGAGAACCUGCUGGAUAGCCGGGCACCACAUUCCAUGCUUGCGGACGGGUCAGCAUCUCCAGUCAGUCUCGGCUUGAGUAGCUUCUCUCCAAGUCUUACAAGUAGCGAAGACGAGGAAGAAGGGGCGAACCAGAAGGAAAAUUCUCUCGGAGUGAGCGGCAGGUUGCGGAGGAGGUUGGGUGCUGUGGUGGAGGACGGGAAUUCGGACGAGGAGGAGGAGGUGGAGGGCGUAGGUCGUCUUGGAAGUUGCCGGAGCGACGUCGACGGCGGGAAGGUCACUGAGGGUCAAGAGGUCACCAGCGAUGUCGACGAUGCGCUGAACGGUCCCUGGAGAGCCAAGGACUUCGGCAAGGAGUACGAGCCCCUGAAGAGCGUCGAACUCCUGAGGAACCUCGAGAAGAAUCUUAGUACAUACCUACCCACGUAUUCCAUUGGGAGCGACACGGAGACCGGGGAACCUUGA